AUGCACGAGAAUCCAGUGGCUGCUGAUCAAAAUGAACAGUGGAAGCUGUCUGAUCAAAGUGAUGAUGCUUUCGCCUACCCCAGUGAUCAGAACAUCGACCAAGAGCCCCGGAUCAGUCCGAGCCUGCCGUCCAGUGAUCCCGCCAGUGACACAUCCCUUAGAAACCUCACCUCAGCGGGCGUGGACCUCAGCAAGGCCACGGCCGACGCUGCCGCGCGGCUGGACCAGCUGCGACGCCAGCUGCUGCCGACCGAGCAGCCGCCGUCCAGCACACCGGCCUCCACGGCCAGCCCGACCGUCCACUGGAGGCGGCCGACCACCGAGGCGGCGCUGCGCGGCUCCACAGAGAUGACAGAGCGCGCAGAGGUCACCGGAGACUACGUGUACGACUACUACCAGUGGCAGUACGAGUACUUUCACGAGCCGCCCACCACCGAGCAGACAGCGGCGACUAACGGGACCGAGACGCCGACCACCACAGAGCAGAGCACCACGCCGGGAUCCACGCUGAACCCAAACGGCGGCAUCAUGCUGCAGAGAUUCGCCGAGUACGCUCCGAACCGCACCGAGGCCGGUCGGCGUCUGGCAGCUAUCCUCUGGAGCCAGUGGGUGCAGCUGAAACCUCACUGCGACCGCAACUACAACGCUUCGGCUGACAGCUACGGCACGCUGGUGGGCCGGGCCGGCUGCGCGGCCGUACUGCUGGCGUUCGGGGAGGGUGACUGGGCCGGUCUGAAGCUGCUGCUCAAGGCCGUGCUCGGGCCCGUGUUCACCGUGCUGGCCGUCAUGGUCGUCGCCUGGCUCCUCUGCGGCGCGUGCAACGUCUGCCAGUUUUGUCCGUGUGCCUGGUGCAACCCGUCCCGGCUACGGGAGCAGAUCUGUGACCUUAUCAACCGCGCCAUGCCCGGCCUGCGGCUCUACAAAGACGGCACCAUGGAGAUGUACGUCCCCAGCACGGAGGAAACGGACGCCUUCCAGGACCUAGUCGACGCCAUCAUGGACUUCAAGUGAACGGUGCAGCCAGCAGAUAGUGUUGUCACUUUGGACCAG